AUGUCUCUCAACAUCCCCAACGCCCCCAGCUCGGGCCUCUUCAAGCAGGGCUACAACAACUACGACUCUGAAGAUGGCGCCGUCCUCCGCAACAUCGACGCCUGCAGGGCCAUUGCCUCGACCGUCCAGACGUCGCUCGGCCCCUACGGCCGCAACAAGGUCGUCAUCAACCACCUCCAGAAGAUGAUCCUCACCUCCGACGCCGCCACCAUCCUCCGCGAGCUCGAUGUUGUCCACCCCGCCGCCAAGCUCCUCGUCAUGGCCAGCCAGCAGCAAGAGUCUGAGAUGGGAGAUGCCACAAACCUUGUCAUCGUCCUCGCCGGCGAGCUGCUGCGCAAGGCCGAGGACCUGCUCCGUAUGGGCCUCAAGACCUCGGACAUCGUCAUCGGCUACGAGAAGGCACAGAAGUUUGCUCUCGAGACCCUCGAGAAGCUCGCUGUCGACAAGGUAGAGGAUAUCCGCGACCAGGAGGAGCUCAGCAAGGCUAUCCGUACCGUCGUCGCCAGCAAGCAAAACGGCAACGAGGACUUCCUCGCCGACCUCGUCGCCGAAGCCGUCCUCGCCGUCCUUCCCAAGAACCCUGCCAACUUCAACGUCGACAACAUUCGCGUCGUCAAGAUCAUGGGAGGCAGCCUUGAGCAGAGCCGAGUCGUCAAGGGAAUGGUCUUCCCCAAGGAGCCCGAUGGUGCUGUCAAGAAGGCCCGUCGCGCCAAGGUCGGUGUCUACACCUGCCCCAUCGACGUCACUCAGACCGAGACCAAGGGCACGGUGCUGCUGCACAACGCCAAGGAGAUGAUGGAUUUCACCAAGGGAGAGGAGGCCCAGCUGGAGACGGCUGUCAAAGAACUCUACGAUUCCGGCCUCCGCGUCGUCGUCUGCGGCGACAAGAUCGGCGACCUGGCCAUGCACUACCUGAACCGCUUCGGCAUCCUGGCCAUCCGCAUUCUCAGCAAGUUCGAGCUGCGCAGGGUCUGCCGCGUGGUCGGCGCGACUCCCCUCGCCCGGCUGGGUGCGCCCAUGCCUGACGAGAUGGGCAGCAUCGACGUUGUGGAGACGCUGGAGAUUGGCGGUGACCGCGUCACCGUCUUCCGACAAGAGGACGAGGUCACCAGGACCGCCACCCUCGUCCUCCGUGGUGCUACCCAGAACCACCUCGACGAUAUUGAGCGAGCCGUCGAUGACGGCGUCAACGUCGUCAAGGCCAUCACAAGAGACCCCCGUCUCGUCCCCGGUGCCGGCGCUACCGAGAUUCAGCUCAGUGCCCGGAUACAGGCGCAGGGAGAGAAGACAUCCGGCCUCAGCCAGUACGCCAUAAAGAAAUACGGCGAGGCGUUUGAGGUGAUUCCUAGGACCCUGGCUGAGAGCUGCGGCCUCGAUGCCACUGAGGUUCUGAGCCGGUUAUAUGCUGCCCACCACAAGGGCGAGGACGGCGAUACUGGCGUUGACGUCGAGAACAACAACAACGACGGCAUCCUGGACGCCACUGAGGAGGGCAUUCUUGACCUGCUCGCCUCCAAGCUUUGGGCCAUCAAGCUCGCUACCGAGGCCGCCCGCACAGUCCUGUCGGUUGACCAGAUCAUCGUCGCACGACAGGCUGGCGGCCCCAAGCCCCCGGGGCCUAACCCUAACUGGGAUGAGGACUAG